AUGAAGAAUGUAAUAUUCGGCACGGUCAACGAGAUUUUUCUAGAUUUGACUGCACUGUAUGCCAUGAGUUGUUCCCGCGCCGCCCCAAUCGCGAUUCCACAAUGGGGCCCGCCACCGAAACAGGAAAACAUCAUCACGUGCUCCCUCACUGGACACUACACAACCUACGGAGGCGGCGUAUCGCUUAACGGCGGAGAUAAUUUAUGUGAGGGUAUUGGGUUGGUUAUGUGCUACGAGGAUCAGAGUGUGGAAAGAGGUUUAGAUGUUGACACGUGGUGGAUUGGAUCCCUAGCGGGAGACAUGCAUAGCCGCCCCUGCAUGAAUUGA